AAAGAGCGGCUAUUUUGGUAACCAAACCACAAAUCCAGCUCUGAUGAGCUUGGCCCAAGCAAGAAAUUGACCGUUGGAAUCUUGAAACAAAACACACUAUAUAAAAACAACUUUAAAACCCAAAAAAAACCCUUCUCUUUACCAACUCCGCUCCUGCAUAUCCUACCCAAAAUUUCGACCGUUGCAAGUCUUCUUCCACACAAAAGAACCCUAAAACAAAAACCCUCCAUUGAGAGGCCUUUUCAAUAAAUAUUCUUCACUGCUCAUCAACAAAAUCAAAAGAGAACCCAAUAGCUCAAAACUUCUCAAAAAUAUUAAACAAAUAUGGAUUCAACACCAAGAAGAAAGAGUGGCCUGAACCUCCCAUCUGGGAUGAAUGAGACUUCUUUAAGACUAGAGACCUUUUCCUCUUCCAGUUCUUUUAGAGCAGUAACAUGCGUAUCAUCACCCAGAGCAAUAUCAAGCUUAUCUUCACCCUCGAAAACCUCAUCUUGUAGUGAUAGAUUCAUACCUUGCAGAUCAUCUUCAAGGCUCCACACUUUUGGACUCGUAGAGAAAGGAUCUCCUGUUAAAGAAGGAGGCAACGAAGCUUAUGCAAGGUUACUGAAAUCUGAGCUUUUCGGGUCUGAUUUUGGUUCCUUUUCUUCUCCUGCAGGUGGUCAAGGAGGAUUGAGUAGCCCUAACAAGAAUAUGUUGAGGUUCAAGACUGAUCAUUCGGGGCCUAAUUCGCCGUUUUCUCCUUCAAUCUUGGGACACGAUAGUGGGAUUUCUAGUGAGUCUUCUACUCCUCCUAAGCCACCAAGAAAAGUCCCCAAAACACCUCAUAAGGUUUUGGAUGCCCCGUCACUUCAAGACGACUUCUAUCUGAAUCUUGUGGAUUGGUCCUCGCAGAAUGUACUCGCUGUUGGGUUGGGAACUUGUGUCUAUUUAUGGACCGCAUCAAAUAGUAAAGUGACCAGGUUGUGUGAUUUAGGGCCUAAUGACAGUGUAUGCUCUGUGCAAUGGACCCGGGAAGGCUCAUACAUAUCAGUUGGUACACAUCUUGGUCAAGUUCAGGUGUGGGAUGGAACACAGUGCAAGAGGGUCCGAACCAUGGGAGGGCAUCAAACAAGAACAGGUGUCUUGGCUUGGAACUCUAGGACACUAGCAUCAGGAAGCAGGGACCGCCAUAUACUUCAGCAUGAUCUUCGAAUUUCCAGUGACUAUGUCAGCAAACUUAUUGGUCACAAAUCUGAGGUAUGUGGCUUAAAAUGGUCACAUGAUGACAGGGAACUUGCAUCAGGUGGAAAUGAUAAUCAGCUCUUGGUAUGGAAUCAGCACUCCCAGCUACCAAUUUUGAAACUGACUGAACACACAGCUGCUGUCAAGGCCAUUGCUUGGUCACCCCACCAGAGUGGCCUUCUUGCAUCUGGAGGUGGAACCGCUGAUAGAUGUAUUCGCUUUUGGAACACCACCAAUGGUCAUCAAUUAAACCAUGUUGACACAGGAAGCCAGGUGUGCAAUCUAGCUUGGAGCAAGAAUGUUAAUGAGCUGGUCAGCACUCAUGGGUACUCCCAGAAUCAAAUUAUGGUGUGGAAAUAUCCAUCAUUAUCCAAGGUUGCAACUCUAGUUGGUCACAGUUUGCGAGUACUCUAUCUUGCCAUGUCUCCUGAUGGUCAGACAAUAGUAACUGGAGCAGGGGAUGAGACAUUGCGGUUUUGGAACGUCUUCCCCUCUAUGAAAACACAGACACCAGUGAAAGAUACAGGCCUUUGGUCAUUAGGACGAACCCAGAUUCGGUGACAAGGCCUUUGGUCAUUAGGACGAACCCAGAUUCGGUGACAAACACUACGCAAAUCUGAAGCUACUUUAUAUUGUAAAUACAUACACCACAAACAAAGUACAGGAAGAGGAGUUUGAUUUCUUUUUUUCUUUUCUGCCCGAGUUUGAACAGGAUUAUAUUGUAGAGUUUGCUAAAUUAGUUUGCUAAAUUAUAUUGUAGAGUUUAAACAGGAUUUUUGUAUAUUGUACUUGUUUUUCACACGUACCCAUUGAGAAAAAGAAAAGGAUCGGAUGAAGUAAUUCAUUCUCACAA